UGUAUCCAAAAUGCACAGAAACCCUAAGGGCCAGUUCACACGACAUGCGUUUCAUUUGCUUUUUUUCUGCAUCCAAAAUGCACAGAAAGUAGGGUAUAUGGUUGUCAAUGUCAUAGUUCACAUCAGUGCUUGCAGUUCCAGUGCGUUCCAGUUGCAGAAAAAGAAAUAGAACAUGCUGCAUUUUUCUGCACAGAACUGUACUGGAACGCGGUAAAAUGCAAAGCACUGGAACGCACCAAAACACACCAAAAAUGCA